AUGAGUGGCAGUGUCUAUGGAGGAGAUGAAGUAGGGGCUCUUGUUUUUGACAUUGGCUCCUAUACAGUGAGAGCUGGCUAUGCUGGUGAGGACUGUCCAAAGGUUGAUUUUCCCACCGCUAUUGGUGUGGUACUUGAAAGGGAUGAUCGGAGCACAUUGAUGGAGAUAGAAGGGGAUAAAGGCAAACAAGGUGGUGUCACGUACUACACAGAUACUAAUGCAUUGCGUGUUCCAAGAGAGCAUAUGGAGGCAAUAUCACCUUUAAAGAAUGGAAUGAUUGAAGAUUGGGACAGCUUCCAAGCUAUUUUGGAUCAUACCUACAAGAUGCAUGUCAAAUCAGAAGCCAGCUUGCACCCUGUUCUGUCAGAAGUACCAUGGAAUACCAGAGCAAAAAGAGAGAAACUGACGGAGUUGAUGUUUGAACAUUACAACAUCCCUGCAUUCUUCCUUUGUAAAACUGCAGUUCUUACAGCAUUUGCGAAUGGUCGUUCCACAGGCCUGAUUUUGGAUAGUGGAGCCACUCAUACUACUGCCAUUCCAGUCCAUGAUGGAAGAUAUGUCCUUCAGCAAGGCAUUGGGAAGUCACCUGUUGCUGGUGACUUUAUUACCAUGCAGUGUAGAGAACUGUUCCAAGAAAUGAAUGUAGAAUUGAUCCCUCCAUAUAUGAUCACAUUAAAGGAGGCCAUUCGUGAAGGAUCCCCAGCCAAUUGGAAGAGAAAAGAAAAGUUGCCACAGGUUACUAGGUCUUGGCACAACUACAUGUGUAAUUGUGUGAUCCAAGAUUUUCAAGCUUUUGUGCUCCAAGUAUCAGAUUUAACUUAUGAUGAAUAAGUGGCUGCACAGAUGCCAACAGUUCACUAUGAAUUUCCCAAUGGCUACAACUGUGAUUUUGGUGCUGAGCGACUUAACACCUUCACAUUAGAUGGAUCAAAUAACCCUUCAGGAAUCUUAUCAGGCAACACAAUGUUGGGCGUGAGUCAUGUUGUUACCACAAGUUUUGGGAUGUGUGACAUUGACAUCAGACCAGGACUUUAUGGCAGUGUCAUAGUGGCAGGAGGAAACACUCUUAUACAGAGUUUUACUGAUAGACUGAAUCGGGAGCUCUCUCAGAAGACACCUCCGAGUAUGAAAUUGAAGUUGAUUGCAAAUAACACAGCAGUGGAACGACGAUUUAGUUCAUGGAUUGGUGGUUCAAUUCUAGCUUCUCUGGGUACUUUUCAACAGAUGUGGAUUUCCAAACAAGAGUAUGAAGAAGGAGGAAAACAAUGUGUAGAAAGGAAAUGCCCUUGAAGCUAGUUCUGAAAAAAACUGUGGCCUUCCCUAUGAUCCCUUACGUUUCAUAGCUUUAGUAUACU